AUGAGAUCCUCUUUAAAAAGGUGUUCAAAUACUUGUUUGGGCGCUCGCAUUUUGCGAAUCUAAAUAACGUAAUACUGACUGACAAUAUGGCUGAUGUUAAUGCAAUUCCAUUGCGUACAUCGUCCGGUAGUGCUCCAGCUUCAUUAAAAAGAUUAUCGUCGAUACGUCAAAAUACUAUUGAUUUCUUGAUUGAAGAUGAAACGGAUUUCGUGAUGCCUACGGAAAGGCCAAGAUUGUGGUCUACGAAAUGUCAAGACGAUGGCCAAGCUUAUAUACGUUAUUUCUCAGUAGGACCCAGUACGUAUCAUAUUCGUUGUCCGUUGUGUAAGCAGAGAUCAGAUGCUGAAAUUGUUCAAAUGACUGGUGCUUUGGGACAACUGAGUUGUUUAUUAUCAACCUUAUCAUGUUGUUUUCCGAUAUUCUCACUCUCCUUUGUUUACUUGUGUCUGCAGAGUCGAUUGAAGAGUAAACGUGUCUUUUGCAAUAAGUGCGGUGGGCAUUUAGGAUUUUAUUAUAGGCCCACAUGAGUUUAGUAAAAGUUUAUUUAAAUUAUUUCUAAGCAAAAUUAUUUCUGCGCUUAUAUAAAAUGCUCCUUUUUUUAAAUUUUUUAUUUGUUACUCAUUCAUUAGAAAUACAUUUCAUUGUAUGUCUCGUAUCUAUCGCUUAUUAUUAAAUGAGAUACAAUUUACUGGUAAUCAUGAAACUUUUGAAUCUGUGUGUGAUCAUUUAAUUUGUUAUUGUUGAGUGUGCGUACGACUAUAUAUAUAUAUAUAUAUA